GCUAGCGGCUGGCGGAGCGGCAGCCGCGGGCUCGGCUAGCACCAUGAAGCGGCACGUACGGAUCCUGCUGCUGGGCGAGGCCCAGGUGGGGAAGACCUCCCUGAUCAUGGCCCUGGUGGGCGAGGAGUUCCCCGAGGAGGUUCCCCCUCGGGCUGAAGAGAUCACAAUUCCGGCUGAUGUUACCCCUGAGAAGGUGCCCACUCACAUUGUUGAUUACUCAGAAACGGAACAGACAGAGGAAGAACUGCAAGAUGAGAUCCACAAGGCAAAUGUGGUAUGCAUGGUAUAUGAUGUUUCUGAGGAUUCCACCAUUGAGAAGAUUCGAACAAAGUGGAUUCCAUUGGUGAAUGGGAGAGCAGAAAAAGGGCCCAGAAUCCCUAUCAUUCUGGUAGGGAACAAGUCAGACCUACGCUCUGGGAGCUCCAUGGAGACCAUUUUGCCAAUCAUGAACCAGUUUUCUGAGAUAGAGACCUGUGUAGAGUGUUCUGCCAAGAACUUGAAAAACAUCUCAGAAUUGUUCUAUUAUGCUCAAAAGGCAGUUUUACACCCUACGGCCCCCUUGUAUGAUCCAGAGGAGAAGCAGCUGAGGCCAGCUUGUGCUCGAGCACUCACCCGCAUCUUCAGACUGUCUGACCAGGACAACAACCAGGUGCUGAGCGAUGAUGAGCUCAAUUACUUUCAGAAAUCAUGCUUUGGAAAUCCUUUGGCCCCCCAAGCCCUAGAGGAUGUGAAGAUGGUGGUGUGUAAGAACACGACAGAUGGUGUGAAGGAUGACGGGCUGAGCUUGGAUGGUUUCCUCUUUCUGAAUACCCUCUUCAUUCAGAGGGGUCGUCACGAGACCACCUGGACCAUCCUGCGCCGCUUUGGCUAUGAUGAUGAGCUGGAGCUGACUGAUGACUAUCUUCACCCACUGAUCCGUGUUCCUCCUGGCUGUACCACUGAGCUCAGUCACUUCGGUUACCAGUUUUUGCAAAAGAUGUUUGAGAAGCAUGAUAAGGACCAAGAUGGAGCCCUCUCCCCUUCUGAGCUUCAGAGCUUCUUUAGCCCAUUCCCUUCUCUGCCUUGGGGCCCUGAACUCUACAAUACAGUAUGCACCAGUGAUAAAGGUCUGCUUUCCCUGCAUGGAUUCCUCUGCCAGUGGACGUUAGUAACCUACCUGAACAUCCACCACUGCCUGGAGCACCUUGGUUAUCUGGGUUACCCUAUCCUGUGUGAGCAAGACUCUCAGACACAUGCCAUCACAGUUACCCGAGAGAAGAAGGUGGACCUGGAAAAGGGACAGACGCAGAGGAACGUCUUCCUCUGUAAAGUGAUUGGUGCUCGGGGCGUAGGCAAGUCAGCAUUUCUACAGGCCUUCCUUGGGAAGAACUUAGAGGCCCUCAGGGAGCACCCAGGAGAACAGUCCUUCCAGGUGAUCAACACAGUGCAAGUCAACGGGCAGGAGAAAUAUUUAAUACUGUCUGAGGUAGAAGCAGACACACAAUUCACUACAGCGUCUAGUGCAUCCUGUGAUGUCGCCUGCUUGAUGUUUGCUGUGAAUGACCCUAAAUCCUUCACCUACUGCGCCAGUAUUUAUAAGCAAUACUAUAUGGAUGGACAGAUCCCCUGCCUCUUUGUUGCCUCCAAGUCUGAUCUGCCAGAAGUGAUCCCACCACGCGGGAUGUCCCCAGCUGAAUUCUGCCACAGGCACCGUCUCCCUCCACCAUGCUACUUCACCUGUGCUCCCAGUGCUCCUAGCACCACUGUUUUCACCCGGCUGGCAACUUUGGCCACUUUCCCGCAUUUGAGUGAUUUAGAACUUGGCACAGCCUCCUUUUGGCUCCGGAUGACCUUGGGGGCCACUGUGGCUGCAGUCCUUGGAUUCACCAUUUACAAGACCCUGGUGAAGAACAAGUAAGGGGAGGGUCUGGGUCGCACCAGACACUUGCUGUAGUUGGCUCCUCCUCACCUUGCUGCCAGGGCAGAUCAGGGCUGCCCAUAUCCUGGAGGAACACUCUGUGAUGAGCUCUACCUGCCUCUGCCUCAGAGCCCCUUCUUUAUCCUCAACUGGUAUUUCGUGAUGCACCCUCUCCCCACCUCACUAUUUUGUCUAAAUUUGGUCUUCUCAAUCUCAGGGCCCUCGGGAGGGGCUGAGGAAGCAGACGGACCUCCCUCAGAUCAUAGCGGGUAUUUUUAGAGCUUUUACAGUUUUCAGGCUUGGUCACCUAAAGAAGCCAGCUAUCUAUCUGUCUGAAAGGAGGCUUGAGGCUGGCUUUUAGAGGUUUGACCUUUCUACCUUCCCUGCUUGAUUUUAGGGUAGUGUGUAUGAGGGGAGGGGAACCAGCAAAGCCCCAGAGGAAGCCCACAGUGGUCAACAGGAAGAAUUUUCCUCCUGACCCCAACUUUCAGCCGAGCUCUAUAGUGGGGAGAGUUGACACCCAGGGAGACUGCAGAAAUAUGGUCUGUGGGGUUCUCGGCUGUGCAGAUCUCCCUCCAUUAGUCACAGACUGUGCCCCAGCCCAUGCUUACUCAUCUGUAUCUGACACACUGAUUCCCAAAGUAGUAUCUCUAGCAGUGUUCUGGACCACAUCUCUUCUUCUUUCCUGGCUUGCUUAGAUGUUCCUGAAUCUCCAUCUUCCUUCUCUCAGCCUCAUGCCCUUAGCCUCUCUCCUUGGCUGCACACUGCCACAUGCUUUGCUCUGCUGUGAGGGUUUGUGCCGUGCUGGCAUUAUAGGACUAUUGAAUUCUAAAAGAGCCAAUAGUGGGGAGGCAUAUGGCCUCAUAAUCUGGAAUUCUCCUUAGCUAAUCUCCAACUCUGGGUCACCUUCUCUUUCCCUUCCUUACUAGGCUUGGGGCUUUGUGGCUUCCUAAGCUGAAGUGCAUGCAGAAGCCCAUAGGCCUGGGAAUGGGGAUAGAGUCAGGAGACAGCCCCUGGAGUGAGGGAGGCCAUUAAGGAUUUUUCCACCAUGAGUGACCCAGAUUUUGGACUAAUGAAGUAAUCAUCCUUUGUUCACCACUUCAGUAUAUGUAUGCAUUAGGGCAUGAAGAAAAAGUAAUUUUGUUUCCUGUUUAAACUGGAAAUGAUAUCUUUUCUAUUGCUGAGACCUCAUACUUUGAAAAAUGUCUUUUUAUGUCAGCCUGAAACCUGUCUCUUCAUCUUCAGUGUUAGCGUGGGCUGGAAUCCAUGCCUUUCUCUCCCUUUCCUUUUUCUCUUCCUCUAUCCCUUUCCCUGAAGGAAUAUCUGUUGAAAAAUCCUCCACGAGGAAUGAUCUCCCCAUCGAAUCCAUGUUGUCUCUCCCUUCCCUGUUGGCACUCAAUGCCUCAUCUGGCUCCUGAAUCCGAGGCAGGGGUAGGAAGCAGCCAGUUAAGCAGGGAGCAAGCACUUGAACCUUUCAGGUACACUCAGGGUAGGGCAGUUUACGUUGUGCUGUUGCGAUGGUGUUAUGUAAACUACCUUUUUAUGCAGUAAUCUAUUUUUAAAAAAGGAUCUAUUUUAGAGCCACAGCCUAGAUACAUUCCAGACCUGGUUCUGUGUAUCUGGAGCAGUGUUAUGUACUUGGUGCACUGACAUCAAGGGUCUGUGUUAAUCAUUUAGUUUACUUUAAAGCGGAGGCUUCAUGUAUUUAAAAUAGAUAUUUUCCAUUUGAGGCUGAUUGAGCUAUGAUUUUCCUUUAUUAGCAGAAGAAAGAGGGUGCAGCAUUCCCUACAACAAUCUCUUAAACUUCUCCACCUCCUAGAUUACAAGCAGAGGCGCAAAGAUAAAGCCAGAAAAGGGGUGUUUGUUCACUGUCUUGUUCAGCUAUGAUCUUUGUCCUGGGGUUGGCGCUGUGUAGCUCUGCCUCAUAUUGUCAAGCGGUCUCUGUCACUAGGAAUGACAUGGAUUCUGCUGGGGUGGCUUAAAUGGAUUCUGCUGGGGUGGCUUAAAGAGCCACCGUGGCAUGUAAGACAGGACCUGGGGCGGGGGGGGGAGAGGUUUUGGACAUCUUCGUCUUCUAAAUAAAUAUCCAGUGAACAUUUGCUCUUAAGGUUAUAUUCUCAGGCCAUUUCUAGGUAGGGAAUGGACUGAUUUAGCCCAAGAAAAUACAGGGCAAAAGCCACAAUGAGUCCUAGAAGAGAACCAACUUGGGAUGAGUGUCCAUUUUCUCUUUGAGAUGUGGUUUUUAAUGUUGAAGGGAGCAGGAAAAGACACUAACCUCAUGGCUUUGAGGAGUGGGCUUCUGGUUCUCUUUAUCUUGAUUUUCAGUUUGGGAACAGAUUCCUCUUGAGAGCCAGUGCCCCAGCCACUCUAUGUUCCCAAUCCUUGGACUAUCUUUGCCAUUUCUAGACACAUGUGAAAGGAAGUUGGUGUUCUCAUAGUAGUAAGGGGCCUCGUGUUGUUUCUGGGUGUGGGAAAGAGUUAUACUGCUAUCAGGAGGCCUUGCUGGUCACUGGCCUUCACUAGUAGAGUCUGGGUUAACAGGAUUCUCUCAGCUCCAGCAUGGCUUUGGAGAAUCUAGCCAAGUGUCCCUGCCUGUGAUGUUUCCUUUUAUCACUGGCUGUUCUCCAUGCUGCUGUAACGUCGUUUGAACCAGUGUCCUGCUGCCAGCGUUGCUGCCAUCCAGCUCGGGAGGAACAAAGUCUAGGUUGGGAGCCCAAGAAAUGCCACUUCUCACACGCUCUUUCUGUUUGAGUAUCAUGUUCAUUUUUCAAAGCCAUAUAAUUUUAUGAUGGGUUAAACAGUUUUCAAUAAAAAUAAGUGUUUGUGUACACUAA